UAUAUAAAUACAGCCGCUGAGAAAUAUUAUCUUUCAGUUAUUUUAUGGUUUCACCUAGAACACGUGAACAUGUAUCAAAAACUGUUAUUCAUUUGCUUUCUGAGCAUUUUUCUUUUCAAAACUGACACGUUGGCAGCAACAGCCGAUGAAUUAUUCUCUGACAUUCCGCGCGCGUAUUUGGAAAGACUUAUUGGUAAUUUGGAUGGAUUGACUUUUGACAUAGAACAACAAGAGAUUGUUGAAGUCCCGUCGAUCAAAUUUAAAAUUCAAGUUCGUCCUGGAGGGUCAUCGACAACAACAUCUCCGUCAUCACCAUCAUCAACAACUCCGUCUUCAGCGUCUUCAAAAAGAAUGUCUCCAUCGUCAACGUCCAAGAUGCCCGACAUGAAGUCGUCAACUACACCGAUGCCAACGACAUCAACUCCAUCUCUAAUUAGAAACUAAUCCAUAUUUGAACGGAGAUUUUGAUCAAAAAUGCAAAUAAACCAUGUUUUUGUAAUUGUUCUGGCAAUUAAAAUGACGUAGACGAGUUGAUAAGAUGUAAUUGAUUUUUGCUUCGAAUUAUAGUCACGAUCUAUGUUUACUGCUCAUUCACAAGCAAAUAAAAUUGAAACUAUUAACAUUCAUCAUA